AUGGCGGCCGCCCAGCAGCAGUUCGUGUGGGACCUGCUGAAGCCGGCGCUGAACGCGGCGGAAGUGCAGGCGAUCCUGGCCAACCGGGAGUCCAACCAGUACCCCAGCUACAACAGCAUUCCGCAGACGGGAUUCAGCUGUCAGAGCAAGAAACAGCCGGGUUUCUACGCCGACACGGAGGCGCAGUGCCAAGUCUUCCACCGCUGCGACAUCAACGGCAACCAGACCAGCUAUCUCUGCGUCAACAGCACCGUCUUCAACCAGGUCACCCUCAUCUGCGACUACUUCUUUAACGUUGACUGCCAAAAGUUCGCCUCGUACGAGAAGUUUGCCAACUCCCGUCUGUACACUGACCAGCCCCUCUUCGACACGCCUCCGGCGGACUACGUCCCACCCGGCGUCGGAGCCCCGCAGAUUCUGGCUGCUCAACCCGCUGCUGAUCGUGCCGCCCCAUAG